UGUCACAGGGGGAGGGAGAGGGUAGUGAGCAUUAAGGGGCAGCUGUAUGCAUUUCACUAUAUUGACUCCCCGAUGGCAGGCAGACUCUUCCUUAUUUUACUCUUAGCUUCUUUUCAGUCUAUUUUUCUCCAUUUUCUCCCCGGACGUGUUGUUGGGUAAAGGCGCAGAAGGAAGGGUUGUUUAUUUUUGAGGCUUUCUGCUGUGGAGUGAAGCGGGUUCCUCUCAACAAGUGGCUGAUGGAUUUAUUAAUGCACUUGGAUAGCAUCUCCACAGUGGACUCAUUAGCACAGCGGCUCGCAUGGCUUUGAGUCGUCUGCCCUUAGGAUUUAUAGCUCUGAUGAAAAUGGAUUCUCUUAAUCAGAUCCAACUCUUCCAGCUGUCGUUCUGCAUUGACGGCACGCUGUGAGAAAAGACUUCGCUCCGCUGUGCCUCAGCGCCCCUCAGACACUUGUCCUUGACAUCCAAAUGCUGUGUGUCGAUCGUCGUGCCAGCCGCCUUCUGUGAGUUAUGACGACGGCUGCUUCAUUGACUCAGGAACGAGGCUCCUCCUCCGCUCAGCAGUGAGCAAAUCACAUAAUGUAAUGAAGAAGUGUCCUGAAAGUCUGCUCUUCAAGGAGUCUGCUGGCAGGAUAUGAGUAUUUUGAGCCCUGUGACGGAUAACAAAUCAAACCUCACGGGAAUUGUGGGAGGCCCAGAAGAAUACUACAGAGCCAUGCAGUCAGAGGAGCUAUUCAACAGGAAACUCAAAGCCCUGAAUGGUAGCAUGGGACCACCAGCCCCCAACAUGCAGGGGAAACCUGAUAAAACAAAUGGAACUCCAGCCAUGCCUAAAAUGGGCGUCAGGGCCAGAGCGACAGAAUGGCCACCAAGGAGCGAUGGAUGGGACGGACGACCUUCACCAAACUAUCAGAGCGUGAUACCAGUGUUUCAGAACGGCCAGCAGGAACACUGUGUGGAAAUACUGGAGCAAGGAGAGUCAGUCUGCCUGGAGGUAGACUACUCUGACAAAUACUCACUGAGUGACCUCCUCAGCCACUCACCGCUGAAUGGUCUCCAUCCUAUCCGCCAACGCAGCAACAGCGAUGUAACCAUCAGUGACAUUGACUCUGAGGACAUAAUGGACCAGCACGCUGUCAAUCCAAACACUGGUGCGUCUCUGCAUCGUGAGUACGGCAGCACAUCCUCCAUUGACCGCCAGGGCCUGACAGGCGAAGGCUUCUUCACCAUGCUAAGGGGUUACCAAGUGGAAACCCUGGACCGCCGUAGCAUACCGCCCAUGGGUUUCCCCGAGUUGUUGCGCUGCGACGUCGCACUCUCCCCCAGCCUGCAGACAGCAGCCCAGAUCGCCAGGGGUGAGAUAGUCCACAUUCCAGGCUACGACUACAUAGACCAUUCUCUCCUCUACAGCCGGGAGCCGGACAAGUCCUUCAUGAGGCGCCUUAAAUCCGAAUCGUCUGAAACUUCCCUGUUCAGGAAGCUGCGUACCAUAAAGAGCGAGAGUGAUGCCUUGCGGCUCUCUUUAGAGGAUGACCGGCGGCCGCUCAGCUUCCAAAAAUGCUUUGCGCACUAUGACGUCCAGAGCGUUCUUUUCAACAUCAGUGAGGCGGUGGCAGGCAGAGCCAACCUGUGUCAGAGGAAGAACACCACCACCGGGGCUUCAGCUGCCUCCGCUGGACUCGGGCCUGGUGCUGUGGCAGGAAGCGGUGGCGGAGUCGUAGGUGGAGCGUUGGCUAUGGCUAUGGCUAUGACUGGACCUGGACCCGGAGCAGGGAUAGAUAGUGGGGCGGCUGGAUGUAGCAGUGGAAAUACACCUAUGUUUGAGUCUCCACUGGGCAGCAGGGAGGAGUUGAACCCCAAGGAGAACCUGGAUGCUGAUGACGGGGACCGGAAGAGCAACGGCUUAGUGCUGAGCUGUCCUCACUUUCGCAACGAGGUCGGUGGCGAGGGCGAGAGGAAGAUCUCCCUCUCCAGAGCCAACAGUGCCAACUACACUGGUAUGUCGGAGAGCUGCUCUUUCGAAUCAUCUUUAAGUUCCCACUGCACCAACGCAGGAGUCUCUGUUCUGGAGGUGCCUCGAGAAAACCAGCCUAUCCACAGGGAGAAGGUCAAACGCUACAUCAUUGAGCACAUCGACCUCGGAGCAUACUACUACCACAAAUUCUUCUACGGCAGAGAACAUCAAAACUACUUUGGGGUCGAUGAAAAUCUGGGACCUGUGGCGGUCAGCAUCCGCAGGGAGAAGCUGGACGACGGGAGGGAGAAAGAUGGAAUGCAGCACAAUUAUAGAGUCACCUUCAGAACCAGCCAGCUGACCACACUCCGUGGAGCCAUCCUGGAGGAUGCCAUCCCGUCCACUGCGAGACACGGGACAGCCCGCGGCCUGCCGCUGAAAGAAGUACUGGAAUACGUCAUCCCUGAGAUUAACAUCUCGUGUCUGAGGCUGUCCCUAAACUCCCCCAAGGUCCCGGAGCAGCUCCUCAAGCUGGACGAGCAGGGGCUAAGCUUCCAGCACAAGGUGGGAGUGCUUUACUGUAAGGCGGGCCAGAGCACAGAAGAAGAGAUGUACAACAACGAGAGUGCCGGCCCUGCGUUGGAGGAGUUCUUGGAUCUGCUCGGCCAGAGGGUGCGGCUCAAAGGCUUCACCAAGUACAGAGCUCAGCUGGAUAACAAGACUGACUCCACGGGCUCACACUCUCUGUACACCACCUACAAAGACUACGAGCUGAUGUUCCACGUGUCCACCAUGCUACCCUACACGCCCAACAACAGACAACAGUUAUUAAGGAAGAGGCACAUUGGCAAUGAUAUCGUCACCAUAGUGUUCCAGGAGCCUGGGGCCCUUCCUUUUACUCCGAAACACAUCCGCUCUCAUUUCCAACAUGUGUUUGUCAUCGUCAAAGUCCACAACCCCUGCUCUGAUAACGUCUGCUACAGCGUGGCCGUGUCCCGGUCCAAAGACGUGCCUCCGUUCGGGCCCCCUAUUCCCAAGUCUGUGACUUUCCCAAAGUCAGCCGUUUUCAGGGACUUCCUUCUCGCCAAGGUCAUCAACGGAGAAAACGCAGCGCACAAGUCGGAGAAGUUCCGAGCCAUGGCGACCCGCACGCGGCAGGAGUACCUUAAGGACCUGGCUGAGAACUUUGUUAGCACGGCUACUAUUGACUCUGCUGUCAAAUUCAGCUUCAUCACCCUCGGAGCCAAGAAGAAGGAGAAGGUGAAACCCAGGAAGGAUGCACAAAUGCUCAGCGUGGGGGCCAUCACCUGGAGUGUCCGUGCACGGGACUUUGGCCAGUCGUUAGACGUGGACUGCCUGCUGGGCAUAUCCAAUGAGUUUAUUGUGCUCAUCGAGGAGGAAUCAAAAAAUGUAGUCUUCAACUGCUCGUGUCGUGAUGUCAUUGGAUGGACCUCGGGGAUUAUGAGCAUUAAGAUAUUUUAUGAGCGAGGGGAGUGUGUCAUGCUGUCAGCCCACGACAACUGUGGAGAAGACAUCAGGGAGAUGGUGCAAAGACUAGAGAUCACCACUAGAGGUUGUGAGACGUCGGAGAUGACUUUGCGUCGGAAUGGCCUCGGACAGCUCGGUUUCCACGUCAACUUUGAAGGCAUCGUGGCCGACGUGGAGCCCUUUGGCUUCGCCUGGAAGGCGGGGCUGAGGCAGGGCAGUCGACUGGUGGAGAUCUGCAAGGUGGCGGUCGCUACUCUCACCCACGAGCAAAUGAUCGACCUGCUGCGCACAUCCGUCAGCGUCAAAGUGAUUAUAAUCCAGCCUCACGAAGACGGCGCCCCAAGAAGGGGCUGCUCCGAGCUCUACCGCAUACCCAUGGUAGAGUACAAGGUCGACAGCGAGGGCACACCCUGCGAGUACAAGACGCCCUUCAGGAGAAACACCACCUGGCACCGGGUGCCCGCGACCGGCGGAGCACCUCUCUCCCGGGGCUCGCCCACACAGGGCCCUGAUCGCCUGCAGUGCCAGGAGAUCCUCCGGCAGCACCAGGCUAACAUCCCAAGAAGCACCUCCUUUGAUAGGAAGCUGCCAGAUGGGUCCAGGACGAUGCAGGACAUGGAGAACCCCCAGGUCACGUCAUGUAACAAGGGAGACCAGCACUACCGCAGCUCCCCCAGUAACCAGUCCUCCUCCAGUGACCCCGGACCCUGUGGCAGCGGCACCUGGUCCCAGCAGCCCGGAUACGAUGGAUGUCCCUCCCCAAUCCUCCAUGAGCAGGCAGGUGACCUCCAGGGGGGAGACGGAGAGAUCCACAGGGAGCGGGAGCCCACCCUGGAGAGGACCAGAUCUGCAGAGGCCAAAUGGCACAUCCCCUCCACCAAGGUCCUGAACCCUCUGAAGCAGAGAGAAGGCAGCAAAGACUCUCCCAACAAGCUUUCCAGGGUACAGACUGGCGAUAAAAACUCAAGCCACUCAAGUAGCAACACCCUCUCGAGCAACGCCUCAAGCAACAGCGACGAUAAGCACUUUGGCUCCGGAGACUUGAUGGACCCGGAGAUGCUGGGCCUCACUUACAUCAAAGGGGCGUCCACGGACAGCGGCAUCGACACGAAUCCAUGCGUCGCCCCCGGUGCCCGGGUGCUGCUGCAGGGCAGGGUGGGGGAGCAGGGACACCCCUGGGCGUCGGAGCACCAUGAGGACGGGGCGUCAGAAGAGGAUCAUGGGAAACUGUACAUGCCGCACGGCUACGCGUCGGCCAUUAUGUCUAGUCAUGUGACAGAAGGAAGCAUCGGAGACCUAAGUGAGAUCUCAUCCCAUUCAAGUGGCUCUCACCACUCUGGCAGUCCAUUGGCCCGCGGUGCCAGAUACUGUAUGUCAGCUGACUCCUCCAAGGUGUACACCAUCCCCCAGAGCAGCAGCACAGGGCCAGAGCUGGGGCCGGGACCCAGCUCAGAGGCCUGUGGACAGACACGCCCACUGUCCGGUUGCACACUCCCAGUGGGCAUGAAGACGAAUGAGGAUGAAGAUGCCCACUGCACUGAGGGAUCUCCCAACAUUUCAGAGUGUGGGCAGAUGUACGCAGAGGAGGCCUGCAGGCUCCAGGCUGCCGAGCAGGAUGGGAAAUCGCUGCAGAGACUUUCGAAGGAAGAAUAUCUUAAAAUGAUGCUCCUGGACAGCCCUCCAGGAGAAGACAGAAGUCGGAAGGUGUCAGCGGUGGGCAGUCUGUCACCGAGACGUUCCCUAUACCGGACGCUGUCAGACGAGAGUGUGUGCAGUAACCGUAAGGGUUCGUCCUACACCAGCUCGCACAGCUCCAUGCUGGACCAAGCCAUGCCCAACGACAUCCUCUUCAGCACCACGCCACCUUACCACAGCACACUGCCCCCCCGCAUUGUUCACAACCAGGGAGCCUCCAACCUGAGGAAUGACUUUUGGUUCUCUGACGGCUCCUUGGCGGACAGGUCCAAGUUCAGCGACCCGGGCCUCAUGCCCCUCCCAGACCCUGCCUCGGGCCUGGACUGGUCCCACCUGGUUGAUGCAGCACGAGCCUUUGAAGACCAGCGAGUGGCCUCUUUCUGCACCAUGACGGACAUGCAGCGGGCGGAGGCUCUACAUAUCUCCAGAGAGCUGACCAGACGGGUGGUGGAGGCGGAGGGAGCAGCCCUGGGAGCAGACGGCGCCCCCGCCACACUAACCGGCAAAGUCAACCAGUUGGAGGUGAUCCUCAGACAGCUGCAGUAUGACCUCAGAAAGGAGAAAGAGGAUAAGGUGAUGUUGCAGGAGGAGGUGCAACACCUGAGACAGGACAACAUGCGACUGCAGGAGGAGAGCCAGACGGCGUCGGCUCAGCUCAGGAAGUUCACAGAGUGGUUCUUUCACAGCAUCGACAAGAAACCCUGAGAAACCCGCAGGAAGAGAGCAGGAGACGGCCUUCACUCCUCCUGGGCACCCACUCAACUCCUACUUUAGACUCCCAGAUGAUCCACAAGCCAACAAACUAUAGAACCAACCAUUACCAGCCCCCCAGAGUAAUGAAAACUAUUUAAAAAGCCCCUGCUUAGGAGACUGUAGCAGCCCUGUGUGGAGAGACUUGAAACCCUGAUCUGGAACUUAGUUUUGGGAUCCUCCUCUGACUGAAGUGCGGAGCUGUUUCUGAUGUUAACGGUUUCUUUAUCCUGACUAAAGGGGCUCAUGGGAAAACCUUGUGCGCUAGAGAGGAAUUGAGAACCCUUGAGAGCCUUGCUCUGGUCCCUGGGAUCUUCUUACAGUAGUGGAAUGUAAAGCUCUUUUACUGUAGUCAACAUAUAAUCUACCUACGUAUGUCACGUCAGUCUACUGUGCUGUAUACUCAGCUGUACUGUAUCGUACUGCACACUGUCACACAGCUGUUUCUGUGCCGGCCUUAACAGACACAGGAAAGUGGAGAGGGUAAGGCGAGGAAGGGGGAGGAAUGUACUGGACUUAAUGAAGUGGUACUGACUGUCUGCUUGCACCAAGAGGAAUCCACAUGUGGCGGUCUUGAAACAUAAAGUCCAAGGGGGAAAAUGAAUGUAGCUCAACAGAGACCCUUUUUUUCUGGAUUUCUGUUUCCCUGGCUCCCAAAACGUUCACGCUUUUGAUGUUUUGGGUUUUUGUUUUUUUUCUUUGAACAAAUUCCCCUUUUUACUUUUCCUCAGUGUUGUAAUGUAGGGUCACAUGGCAGUAAUUUUGAUGUUUCAAGGUGCUUUUCCCUACACACAUUCAUCAGUAGUUUCCAUUCACUGUCACAAUGUCCUAGCAAUAAUGAAGUGGUAGUUACAAAACUGUGUUUUAAAAUGAAAAAAGAGAAAAAGAAGUUAGCACAAACGUGAAGAGUUCCUGUCGAGAAGCAGUUGUACUUGACAUGUAUUUAUAAAACAGGACAGACUGUGCCUAAAACUCUUGGUUGUAAAUGGAUUGUUUCUCUUUGCUUUUAUUUCUCUUUUAUAAACACAUGCCUUGUCUGUGGCUCACUGAUAUCAAAUUGUAUGUAUGAUUGUGUGUGUAUGUGUGUGUGAGAGUGUUUGAUAGUGUGUGUAGUUUAUCACAGCAAAUGUGUUCUUAUGCAGUGGUUUCUAGAGCAUUAGAGCAAGCGCCAGUGAACCACACUUACAAUGCCAAAUGUGUUUAUUUCUGUACAUAUCUGCCACAGAAGUGUCUUGUAUUUAACACUAUUAUUUAAGCUUAUUUAACCUAAAGUUGUUUAUUUUAUUAAAGGUAUUUUUUUUUCUGCACUAAGGAGAGAUAACGCUCUGUGUAUGUUGUAAAGUGUGUAGCUUGCCAGGGCAAAAAAACAACUAUAUAUUUAAAUAUAUAAAUGAUGAUUUUGGAGAUUCCAACAUUUGGAUGCUGCUAGAUUACAGUUUGCUGGUUUGUAUGCUUUUAAAAAUGUGUCUCUCCAUAAACUGUCUCAUCCCUGGUGGGACACUGGUUGCUUUUUUUUGGUUUUGUUCAUUUUUUGGUUUUGUUUUUUUAAUAAAUGUAGUUGUAAAAAUAA